CGGCAAAUGACGUCUUGACUUGUCUUGGAAGCGUGCAGAACCGCAACGGAAUCAGCUACAGAAAAGCGCAAGCAGCAUCUCAUGAUAUUCACAUUCAAGCCAAUACAAAAUGUAAGCAGCGGUAUUCAUAAGAACCCUGUAGCAUCUCUCUCUGUCUGUGCGGGCUCCUAUGCUGGCUGCCUCUGCUGCACUCCCUGUGUCUCCCAUUUGUGUUCUGCCUGCUCAGCGCCCCCCUUGGUUUGCGCUGUGACAGCCUCCUGUGGUGGCGGGGGAGGGAGGGACUUGGCUGAGCUGGGCAUGGACGACGGCAACAAAGCGGGCAUUGACUGAAGAAUCGACUGGGCGAGAGGCGGGAUGACGUUCUGCAGCCGAUCGGCCCAGCUGACGCCGUUCUCGAUGGCAACUCGGAGGCUGAGCUGGUGAAUGGUGUGGGGCUGCUCGGUGGUGAGGAAGGGCUCGCAGAUCCGCUCCAUGUACUCGUGAAGGAGCUCGCCCAUCAGCACAGAAAGGCCCUCCAGCCCCAGGGCAAAGAGGUUGGCCGCCUCACUCACCCACAUCUUGGCCUGGCCCCCCUCCUCAACGUACAGGCAUGUCCCUCGUCUUGCCCUCCAGCUCGUCGACCUUUUCCUCAUCAGUGAGGCCGCACAUGGUGUCCCAGCCAUCCCGGGUCACCAUGGCUGCCCCGCUCGCCUGCUCCGCCCUCCCCUUGGCCCGCUGGUCUGCCCAU